AUGCGUCUAGAGAGCCUAAGGGACCCAGUGGCUGGGCCAGAAUCUGGCCCUGAACAUCCAUUUCCCAUGAAACUCUCUGGUCCAGUUAUCAAAGGGUUCGGGAGGGGUAGUAAGGAGCUCGGAAUCCCCACCGCCAACAUUCCCCCCGACUCCCUUUCAGCAUACGGACAUGUUGAGUCAGGCGUAUACUACGGCGUCGCCGCUCUUGACCCAUCCAAAUUCAAAUAUAAAAAGGAUAGCGAUGCCGAGAAACAAACAAAUGGUGCCCUUGAAACGCCACCACCGGAGCCUACACUCGAAGAUGCCGAUGCAAAUGUCUUCCCCUGCGUUCUGAGCAUAGGGUAUAAUCCCUUCUAUAAGAAUACGGUUCGGUCUGUGGAAAUCCACCUCCUCCCCAAAUUCACCAGUCCGAGUUCCAGCAUGAACGGCUCCCCUUCAGCCCACCCAAUCAACAACACCGCCCAAACGAACCAGCAAAACCAACGACCCAACUUCCUCCGCCUGCCCGAUUUCUACGGUACACGCCUAAACCUGUUGGUGCUGGGUUAUAUCCGGCCUGAAUACGACUAUGUCAGCCUUGAGGCGCUGGUGGAUGAUAUCCGGAUCGACUGUGAGGUGGCGAGGAGGAGUUUGGAGAGGAAGGGGUAUCUGGGCUAUUUAAAGGGAGCUGGUGGUGGGGAAGGAAGGGGAGUGAGGGAGGCGAGGGACUGGCUGAGGAACUUUUAG